AUGUCUGAUAGUUAUGAAUACUGCACUAAGUUUCUAUCAUUUCAGUGUAUUAUCUUCUCCAUGUUCUUCUUUCUUGUUGCUUCCUUUACAUUUUCUGUUUCCACUGCCAUUGAAGAUGGUGAAGCAAAAGCUCUGUUGAACUGGAAAGCCAGCCUUACUGAGCAAAGCCAAGCAACGUUGUCUUCGUGGAAUAAUGGAACUAAUCUUUGCAGAACUUGGAAGGGAAUUUCAUGUGAUGAAGAAUCCAUGUCUUUGCAGUAUUUUGACCUGGGUUACAACCAAUUUUAUGGAACCAUUCCCCAAGAGAUUGGUAACUUGUCCAGUAUUUUGAGGUUCAAUUUGUCAGAGAAUCCUUUAAUUACUGGUCCCAUUCCUAAAGAAAUAGGAGCUUUGAGCACUCUUAGUGUUCUUGAUCUUAGUGUAUGUAAGCUUACGGAUAGAAUUCCCAGUGAAAUUGGGAACUUGAGGAACCUGACAGAUCUAGUGCUUGCUCGAAAUUCUCUUUCUGGUUCCAUUCCAGAAGAGAUUGGAAUGUUGAGUAAUCUUUUACUACUUGAUUUGGCUAGAAACUCCAUGUUAUCUGGUAGAAUCCCGUCAUCAAUUGGAAACUUGAACUUGUUACAAGAACUUUAUAUUGAUUUUUGCAAUCUCUCCGGUCCUAUACCAAAUGAAAUUGGGAAACUCGAUUCUCUCACGACAAUUUAUUUAGAAAGCAAUAAAAUUUAUGGGCCAAUCCCUCCCUCUAUAGGAAACUUGACAGGUCUCGGGGAGUUGGCCUUGUCAAAUAACAGUCUUUAUGGUUUAAUUCCUCAAUCCAUUGGAAACUUGAUCAAUUUACAAGAAAUCUAUCUGGAAUAUAACAAUCUUUCAGGACCUAUUCCUUCCACCAUAGGAAACUUGACAAAGCUCGACACUCUAGUAUUGAUCGAGAACAACCUCAGUGGUCAGCUUCCUCGAGAAAUGAACAACAUAAGUUGGUAUAAUUUACAAGUGGGUAAUAAUCAUUUCCAAGGCCAAUUGCCACAAGAAAUUUGUCAGGGUAGGAUGUUAAUUAGGUUUGUUGCUCAAAAUAACCAGCUCAUUGGUCCUAUUCCAACUAGUUUGAAGAAUUGUUCUAGUUUAAGAAGACUCAGGCUUCAGGGUAACCAACUAGUUGAUAAUGUAACAGAUGCUUUUGGAGUAUAUCCUGAUUUGGACUUCAUUGAUCUAAGUGGAAAUCAAUUGUAUGGCCACCUUUCAUCCAAUUGGGGAAGGUGUCAAAAUCUCAAGCAAUUGUAUGUUAACAAUAACAAGCUUUCCGGUGAUAUACCACCAGAACUAGGGAAGGCAGCUAAGCUUGGUGAACUUGACUUGUCUUCAAAUCAUUUGUAUGGACAAAUUCCAAAAGAACUAGGCAAGUUGAUAAUGUUGACGAAACUAUUUUUGAGCCACAAUAACUUCUCUGGUAAUGUCCCCUCAAGUAUAAGAUCACUCACUCAACUUGAAACAUUAGAGUUGGCAACAAAUAAUUUCUAUGGCUUAAUCACAAGAGAGCUGGGGAAUUAA